UAAAUGUCAGCUGCCAGUAGCUGCCUUGCUCUUUCUCUGUGUAGAUCUAAGAGCCCAAUGGAGAACACUGAAGAAAAUAAUCAAAGCAAAGAUAGCUUAUUAGAACCUCCGCCCUUGGGUAAUUCUUACAUAGAGGACGAGGAUGAAAAAUCUUCUAUCAAGCUACGGUUUUCUCCCUUACCAAGGAGGAGAAGUUCUGUAUCAUCAGAUGAAGGAGACUUGGAACCACCAACCACAGUUGCAAGAAAAGUGUCCUUUGCAGAUGCUUUUGGUUUUGAUCUUGUGUCUGUUAAAGAGUUUGAUACAUGGGAAGUACCAAUUGUAUCACAAAUCCUUAGCUAUGAGAUGGAAACACACUACAUUGAGGAAUUCUAUUUAACAGCCAGCUUUACAUUGCCAUCAUCUGAUGACAUUAUGGGUAAACUCCAUGCAAAAAAGGUACUGUUGGAAUCAAUUGAAUUGACACCAGGCACAAGUUCUAUGAAAGGAAUUAUUCGCGUUCUGAAUGUGUCUUAUGAAAAGCAAAUAUAUGUGCGAAUGUCAAUGGAUGACUGGCAAAGUUAUUAUGACCUGACAGCUGAGUAUAUUCCUUACUCCUUCAAUGCUGAUACUGAUCAAUUUGCUUUCGCAAUUUCUUUGGUGGCUCCUUAUCAGAAAGAGGGUGCCUCAGUGCAGUUCUGCAUUUCCUAUGAAACACCCAUUGGUACCUUUUGGGAUAACAAUGAUGGACAAAAUUAUACACUCAUCUGCCAUAAGAAAGAAUGUGCUAUAGAAAAGGAUCAUCCAUCUGAAGAUCUUGCAGAGAAAUCCAAGAAAAGUUGUUUAAAAUCAGCACCAAGUAAAGAAGAGGAUGACCUGGAUGAAUCUGAAGAAAAAUAUUCUAGAUCAACAGAUAAAUACAUCCCUAGAAUCAUUUGUUCACAUGAUGAAAAUACUGAAGACAAUAACAAUGAAGAAGAUGAUUCUCAAGAAAAUAACAAGGAAGCCGAUGACGAUUUAGAAUUGUUUCUGAAUCAGAACCUUAUGAAAGCUAGAAUCAUUUCUACUGAGGAUAAUAAAAGCAAUAAAACCCAGAUUUUUGAAGAACCAAGUUUGACAAAUACAAUACAAACAUGUGAGUCAUUGGAAUGUCUUAAAGAUAGCAGCAUAGACAUCUUAAAAAAAAUUAAUGACAAUAUAUCUGCAAAAGAAUCAAAAGAAUUCAAUGGAAAUGAGGUGUGUCUUACAUUAAGCGAUUCCCAUAAGACACUGAUAGCUGAAGACAUAAAAUCUACAUCACGCACUGAGCAGCAUUUGAAGGAAGCUGGGAUUUCUUUACAAGAAUAUUUGCCUCAAAAUGGGGGAGAUCUGAACCAAAAAAAGUGGCUGACAGACUCAAAAGAUGAUACAAGUGUCCUACAAGGUAAAGAAGAAGAAAAAUGGUCUCUCACCACCAACAGAAAUCAAGAGCCUUACAAUGAAAUAGAAUCUACCCUUUCUCCUAAAACUGAAUCAGUUCAGUUGACAGAAAAUCUGGAUGACAAUGCAAACCCAAAUACUAGUAAUAAAAUAGUUGAUGCCUCAUAUUUUUCAAUAUACAAUGAAGAAAGAAUGAAGGAUGAAAACAAUCAGUUUCCUGAAAACAAAAAAAUCAAUAGAUGUUUUUUUAAUAAAGCUGAAUCUUCUCAAUUAGAGCAAGAUUAUUCUACCAUCUCCUUAAAUCAGAAAUACACAGCUCCGGUGGUAAGUGAAGAUCCUGAUAAAAAAGAUGAGCAGAGUUUUUUAAGAUCACCAGAAGCUGAGCGUAAACAACCUUCCCUUGAUGCUGCCCAUGACUGUAAGAUAUUUAAAAACACAGUUUCAGAUCAAGUAGCGUUUUCUUGUAAUGCCUGUCUAGAUAAUCAAGGCCAAAUAAAAGACAUUAAUGAUGAAAAAACAAGUAAAGCCAAAAGGGUCACAACUACAUUCUCUUUCCCAUGUGAUACCACUGAUGACACAUCUAACCAAGGUUCUUUGGAAGUUCUAUUUGAAAACAAAAUAACUAAGAAGGAAAUAUAUGCACACACAAAUGACUCCCAAACUGUACAUUUACAGAAAUCUAAACAAUGUUAUAUUUCUACUUUCAAUGUUAGCGAAGAAUCCCAAAUUUUUGAAUCACCUUUGAUUACAAGCAAUACACCACUAACUUCCCAGGAUCAAGAUGAUAAAGACAAAGCUAGAGUUGUGGAUACACCUGAUUUAAAAAUUAGAAGUAAACUAGACUGCCCAGUACACACAACAGAUAGAGCAGAAAGUACAGAAAAUCAACUUACCAUGGGAGAAAAAGUGAUAAUUGCUUUGGUAACUGAAGAGACAAGUGAACGUGAAAUAUGUAUACCAGUUCCUUAUAUAGAUGUAUGUACUGACGUAAGUAAAAAUACAGUAGACCAAGAAGAUACUAAGAUUGGGGUUGAAUCAGAAUCACAGAAGGUCAGUGAUAACUUAAAUAAAGGUCAGGGUGGUAGAAACAUAGAAAGUGAAGAGAUAACAAAUACUCCUUUGGAUGAUAUGAAAGUUCUUGCUAGCAUAAAAAGAGAUGGUGAUAAUGGACAGAUGCAGAGGACAACAACAGCUAAAAUGCCUGGUGCAGAUGCAAUUUAUAUGGGUGCUUAUAAUGUUUUUAAAGACCAAUUUAAAAGUAAUCUUGAUGAUUUCUCAAAUAACAUAACCACAGUAGAAGAGAGUGAUUCCCAAAUGACAGAUAACUCACACACUGAAUCUAGUAACAGUUUAUGUGCUGAACUCUCAGGGAAUUUCAGUAAAUUAGUUAAAGAACAAGGUGAUACUAUUGAUAAUAGCAUUAUCAGUGGUAGUACAACUGACAUGUCUGGAAUGCUCCAUGCACAAGAAAACACAGAACAAAAUUAUUUAAGGCCAUCCAUAUUAAUAAGUGAACCUGAUGAUGAAUUAGAAAGGUGGUGCAACCAGGAUGAAGAGAAGAGUGAACCUGAAGACAUGAACCAGUGUUACUAUUAUAGUGAAACAAAUCAACAAACACAAACUGGUGACCAUGAAAUGGAAGAUGAUCCUUUGAAUUUUAGCAAAACAAGCUCAAAAGUCAUUUGCUCUGUAAUGUUUGUUGUAUUUUCUGGUUUAAUGUACCAUUAUGAUUUUUUGGUUUGUUUUGCCCUCUACCUUUUUUCCCUAUACUGGUUAUAUUGGGACGGUGAUGGAAAUAAAAAAUCUGUUAAGAAAGAAUAACCUACUAUAGCUGGUGUGUAUUGGCUUGGAAAACACACUGAAAUAACAGCAUUGCUGGACUUCUUUGACAAUUAAUAUUUAGUGAAAGAAAAAAUAAAUACUUACAUUUUGCUUCUUUAUGUAAUUUUUUGAAAAGGACCAUACAAAGACACUAUUUACAGAUUUAUGUCCUACAGCAAAUCAAGAAAAAUAGGGGGACAGUUGUUUUUGUUGAAUUAUAUUUUUUUGAAUAAAAAACGAAAUAUUUCACCUAUGUUUAGUUUAUAAUGAGCAUUCUGUAAGAAAAUAUUGGCAUUAUUUGUAUUUAAUGUUUUGAUCUAGGAGAGUGUAUUUUACAAGUUUCAGUUACUGUACUUAGACCUUUAAUUUUGUCUUAUAAAGCUACUAUAACAACAUAAUGUGUUGUUCUUUGUACAAUUGCUAUCAAAAUAGCAUUGUUUUUCCACUGAAAAUUGGCAGUCUGAGUGAAGAAAGCUUAAAUAUAUUGUUUAAAGGAUUAUGAUCAUGUAUUAUAGUUAGUGCAAUAAAACAGCAGUGUCAAUAACUGCUCGGUUUUCACUGUA